GAGUGUGUGCGUGUAAAAGGGACAGUGAGAAGGCCAGAUGAGAAAGCCAGCCGGGAAGGGAAGAGGCAGGGCGUAGAAGGACGCAGAACUGGGAGGAAGAGACCAAGUUGGAGAGAAUCAGUCUCCCUUACAUCCUUGCUGUGAGCUCCUUGGAAGGAGAGAGUAGAUGUCCCAAAGUGGUAUGAGCAGAAUCUGUUUGUAAUAACAGAAUCCCGCGCUGUGCUUAAACAGGAUAGAAUAGCAUACAGCCAACUUUUGUAAAAGUGAGGAUAUACUGGUUGGGCUCCAGCCAUGGAGAAACUUCAUGGGCAUGUGUCUGCCCACCUGGACAUCCUCUCCUUGGAGAACCGGUGCCUGGCCACACUUCCUGACCUGAAGACCAUGGAAAAACCACAUGGGCAUGUGUCUGCCCACCUGGACAUCCUCUCCUUGGAGAACCGGUGCCUGGCCACACUUCCUGACCUGAAGACCAUGGAGAAACCACAUGAGCAUGUGUCUGCCCACCUGGACAUCCUCUCCUUGGAGAACCGGUGCCUGGCCACAUUUCUUGACCUGAAGACCAUGGAGAAACCACAUGGGCAUGUGUCUGCCCACCCAGACAUCCUCUCCUUGGAGAACCAGUGCCUGGCCACACUUCCUGACCUGAAGACCAUGGAGAAACCACAUGGGCAUGUGUCUGCCCACCCGGACAUCCUCUCCUUGGAGAACCGGUGCCUGGCUACACUACCCACUCUAAAGAGCACUAUGUCUGCCAGCCACUUGCUCCAGCAUCUCCAGAUAUCUCAACUGGCUCAAGCUGAUCAGUGCAGCCUGAACACCAACAACCACCUGCUCUCUGAGCCUCCAACCUGGAGGGCUCAGUGUCUCUCCGAGGGACAAGGCCUUCUGACCUGCCCCCAGGCCCUGGAAUCCAUCUCUGCCACAGAGAGAGCUCAGGAAACAGUUUUGGGUUGUUGGUCCUCUUCAGAAGAGAAGAAAUGGGCAGAGGCUCAAAUGCCUAUUUAUAGUCUAAGCUUCGGAGAGGAGGAGGAGGUAGAGGACCUGGCCUUGAAGCUCGCCUCUGGGGACUCCGGGUCUUGGUCUGAGCCUACUGUUCAGGUUCUUCAGCAAAAGAAGAUGGCUCUAAUGAACUUAUUGUGUUCCACUGUGGUAUCAAAUGCAAACAAGAAAGAUGCAGUCGAGUGGGCAAAGACUUCCCUACUGGAAGUUUGUACUGAACUUGCCCCACUGGAGCCUGAGUUUAUCCUCAAGGCAUCUCUGUACGCCAGGCAGCAGCUGAACGUGCGGGAUGUGGCCAACCAAGUGUUAGCCAUUGCUGCCUUCUUGCCAGACUGCCGCCCCCACCUGCGACGAUAUUUCUGUGCCAUUGUCCAGCUGCCUUCUGAUUGGAUCCAGGUAGCUGAGGUCUACCAGAGCCUGGCUGGAGGAGAGGGGGACAAGCUGGUGUCUCUGCCUGCCUGCCUACGUGCUGCUAUGACCGACAAAUUCACCCACUUUGAUGAGUACCAGCUGGCCAAGUACAACCCUCGGAAGCACCGGGCCAAGAGAUGCCCCCACCGACCCCCUCGCCCUCCGAAGGAGGAGUGUCCAUUUUCUGAGACAAAGCAAUAUUUUCCAAGGUACCUUCAGCCUCUUAAAACUGAACAGGAGAAGUUUGAGAAGACCUACAGUGCAGUGCCAGAGAAAAAGAAGCCACCAAGGUUCACCCUGAAGAAGUUGGUACAGCGCCUGCAUAUCCAGGAGCCUGCCCAGCUUGUGCACUCUCUGCUGGGCUACAGAUACCCAUCCAACCUACAGGCCUUUUCUCGAAGUCGCCUCCCUGGACCAUGGGAUUCUAGCAGAGCUGGGAAGCGGAUGAAGCUGUCUCAGCCAGAGACAUGGGAACGGGAGCUGAGCUUACGGGGGAACAAAGCUUCUGUCUGGGAGGAACUUAUUGACAAUGGCAAGCUUCCCUUCAUGGCCAUGCUUCGGAAUCUGUGCAACCUGCUGCGGGUUGGGAUCAGUGCCCGCCACCACGAGCUUGUACUGCAGAGACUCCAGCAAGCGAAGUCUAUAAUCCACAGUCGGCAGUUUCCAUUCAGAUUCCUUAAUGCCCAUGAUUCCAUCAAUUACCUUGAGGCUCAACUGAAAGCUAAAGCAUUGCCAUUUCCUUCCAACACACAACUGAUGAAGCAGAUAAUGAUUAGAAACUCAAAAAUUGUGAAGAGGCGGGCCUAUAAAAGGGAACUUGAUGACCUAAAUCGUCGGAAACUUCGAGCAGCAAUGAUGAUGCCUGUGUUGUAUGAGCAACUCAAGCGAGAGAAACUGAAAACACACAGGACCAGACAGUGGAAAUAUGAUGGUGAGAUGCUGGCUCGGUAUCGACAGGCCCUGGAGACCGCCGUGAACCUCUCUGUGAAGCACAGCCUACCCCCACUGCCAGGCCGCACCCUGUUGGUCUAUCUGACAGAUGCCUCUGCAGACCAUCUCUGUCCCAAGAGCAACCCACAAGGGCCUGCCCUGAACUACGUGUUGCUGUUGAUUGGAAUGAUGAUUGCAAGGGCAGAGCACACGGAUGCCUUGCUCUGCGGCUGGAGCACUGUGAAGACAGCUGUGAUUAAGGCGGAAGAAGGUAUCCUGAAGACUGCAGUGGAACUUCAGGCUCAAGUCCAGGAAUUAAAUGGAAAUUAUGAAUGGUCACUGCAUACUUUGGGGAAGUACCUGCUGUCUCUGGCUGCCCAGAGGAUUCCUGUGGACAGGGUUGUGGUCUUUGGAGAGGCUAUGAAUGACAAACUGAUAAAUGAGGCCAAACAGUUUAUCUGGCAGCAUGUGAAUUCCAAGUGCCUCUUUGUCGGUGUUCUCCUAAGAGGGACAUGGAGCAGACCACCAGAUUUGAAUCCCAAUGAAGUGACACUCUCAGGCUGUACUGACGGGAUACUGAAGUUCAUUGCAGAGCGUGGGGCCUCCCGUCUUCUAGAACAUGUGGGCCAAAUGGAUAAAAUAUUCAAGAUUCCACCUUCCCCAGGAAAGACAGGGGCCCUGUCACUCCGGCCACUGGAAGAGAAUACUCCAAGCCCCUUGUCUUCUAUUUCCCAACGUGGGUGGCGCAGCAUCCGGCUUUUCAUUUCCUCCACUUUCCGGGACAUGCAUGGGGAGCGGGACCUGCUGCUGAGGUCUGUGCUACCAGCAUUGCAGGCCCGAGCUGCCCCCCACCGCAUUAGCCUUCAUGCCAUUGACCUGCGCUGGGGCAUCACUGAGGAGGAGACCCGUAGAAACAGGCAACUGGAAGUGUGCCUCGGGGAGGUGGAGAACUCGCAGCUGUUUGUGGGGAUUCUGGGCUCCCGCUAUGGCUACGUUCCCCACACCUACAACCUCCCUGACCAUCCUCACUUCCGCUGGGCCCAGCAGUACCCUUCGGGUCGCUCUGUGACAGAGAUGGAGGUGAUGCAGUUCCUGAAUCGGGGCCUUCGCCUACAGCCCUCCGCUGAAGGGCUCAUCUACUUCCGGGAUUCCAGCUUCCUCAGCUCCGUGCCAGAUGCCUGGAAACCUGACUUUAUUCCUGAGUCUGAAGAGGCUGUACGUCGGAUCUCAGAACUAAAGAGCUACCUGAACAAACAGAAAGGGGUUACCUGUCGCAGAUACUCCUGCAAGUGGGGGGGUGUGGCAGCUGGCCGGCCCUAUGUUGGGGGGCUGGAGGAGUUUGGGCAGUUGGUUCUGCAGGAUGUGUGGAAUAUGAUCCAGAAGCUUUACCUACAGCCUGGAGCCCAGCUGGAGCAGCCAGUGUCCAUCCCAGAUGAUGACUUGGUCCAGGCCACGUUUCAGCAGCUGCAGAACCCACCAAGUCCCGCCCGGCCUCGCCUUCUUCAGGACACAGUACAGCAGCUGAUGCUGCACCAAGGGAGUCUGAGCCUUGUGACUGGGCAGUCGGGACAGGGCAAGACUGCUUUCCUGGCAUCCCUUGUGUCAGCUUUGCAGGUUCCCAGUGGGGCCAAGGUGGCCCCUUUAGUCUUCUUCCACUUCUCAGGAGCCCGCCCUGACCAGGGUCUGGCCCUUGCCCUACUUAGACGCCUCUGUGUCUAUCUACAUAGCCAAGUGCAAGAGCCACGUGCCCUCCCCCAUACCUACCGGGGAUUGGUCUGGGAGCUGCAGCAGAGGCUGCUGCCCAAGGCUGCCCAGUCCCUGCAGUCUGGCCAGACCCUGGUGCUGAUCAUCGAUGGGGCUGACAGGUUGGUGGGCCAGCAUGGGCAGCUGAUCUCAGACUGGAUCCCAAAGACCCUUCCCCAGGGGGUACACCUGGUGCUGAGUGUGUCUAGUGAUGCAAGCCUGGGGGAGACCCUUGAGCAGAACCAAGGUGCCCAUGUGGUGGCCCUGGGGCCUCUGGAACCAUCUGCUCGGGCCCGGUUGGUGAGAGAGGAGCUUGCUCUGUACGGGAAGCGCCUGGAAGAGUCGCCUUUUAACAACCAGAUGCAGCUGCUGUUGGUGAAGCGGGGGUCAGCCCUGCCGCUCUACCUGCGCUUGGUCACUGAUCACCUGCGGCUCUUCACACUCUAUGAGCAGGUGUCUGAGAGACUCCGGACUCUGCCUGCCACUGUCCCCUUGCUGCUGCAGCACAUCCUGGGCACCUUGGAGCAAGAGCAUGGCCCUGAUGUCCUUCCCCAAGCCUUGGCCACCCUUGAGGUCACACGCAGUGGUCUUACUGUGGAUCAGCUCCAUGGAGUGCUGAGUGCAUGGCAGUUUCUUCCCAGAGGGACCAAGACCUGGGAAGAAGCAGUGGCUGCUGGUCACAGUGGGUACCCCUACCCUAUGGGCCCGUUUGCCUACCUCGUCCAGAGUCUGCGCAGUUUGCUAGGGGAGGGCCCCCUGGAGCGGCCUGGUGCCCGGCUCUGCCUCCCUGAUGGACCCCUAAGGACAGCAGUUAAAUGUCGAUAUGGGAAGAGGCUGGAGCUGGAGCGCACAGCGCACGUCCUCAUAGCAGCUCAGCUCUGGAAGACCUGUGACCCUGAUGCCUCAGGCACCUUCCGAAGUUGCCCUCCUGAGGCUCUGGAAGACCUGCCUUAUCACCUGCUCCAGAGCGGGAACCAUGGCCUUCUUGCAAAGUUUCUCACCAGUCUCCACGUGGUGGCUGCACACCUGGAACUGGGUCUGAUCUCUCAGCUUCUGGAAGCCCAUGCCCUCUAUGCUUCCUCAGUCCCUGAAGAGGAACAAAAGCUUCCUGAGGCUGACAUUGCUGUAUUUCAUACUUUCCUGAAGCAACAGGCUCCCAUUCUGGGUCUGUACCCCAUGCUCCUGCCCCAGCAGGCAGCCAACCAACCUCCAGACUCACCUCUUUGCCACCAGGCACCCCAGCUGUCCCAGCGGUGGCACCUCCAGCGCAUGCUACGAUGGCUAAAUAAACCCCACACCAUGGGGGGCCAGCAAAGCUCCAGCCUGUCCCUGGCAGUUUCCUCAUCCCCCACAGCUGUGGCCUUCUCCCCCAGUGGGCAAAGAGCUGCUGUGGGCACUGCCAAUGGAACAGUUUACCUGCUGGACCUGAGAACCUGGCAGGAGGAGAAAUCUUUGGUGAGUGGCUGUGAUGGGGUCUCUUCUUGUUCAUUCCUUUCGGACACUGCCCUCUUCCUUGCUGCCUUUGAUGGGCUCCUCGAGCUCUGGGACCUGCAGCAUGGUUGUCGGGUGCUCCAGACCAAGGCUCACCAGUACCAAAUCACUGGCUGCUGCCUGAGCCCAGACCACCGGCUGCUGGCCACUGUGUGCCUAGGGGGAUGCCUGAAGCUGUGGGACACAGUCCGAGGGCAGCUGGCCUUCCAGCACACCUCUUCUAAGCCCAUGAAUUGUGUUGCAUUUCACCCAGAGGGGCAGGUAAUAGCCAUAGGUAGCUGGGCUGGCAGUGUCAACUUCUUCCAUGUGGAUGGACUCGAAGUCACCAAGGAACUGGGAGCUCCCGGAGCUGCUGUCCGUACCUUGGCUUUCAAUGUUCCUGGGCGGGUUGUGGCUGUGGGCCGGCUGGACAGGAUGGUGGAGCUGUGGGCUUGGCAGGAGGGGGCACGGCUCGCUGCCUUCCCUGCCCAUCAUGGCUUUGUGGCUUCUGCCCUUUUUCUGCAUGCCGGGUGCCAGUUACUGACUGCCGGAGAGGAUGGCAAGGUUCAGGUGUGGUCCGGGUCACUGGGUCGGCCCAGGGGGUGCCUAGGUUCCCUUUCUCUCUCUCCUGCCCUCUCCGUGGCUCUCAGCCCAGAUGGUGAUCAUGUGGCUGUUGGUUACCGAGCUGAUGGCAUCAAGGUCUACAAAAUAUCUUCAGGUUCCCAGGGGGCUCAGUGUCAAGCACUAGAUGUGGCAGUGUCUGCACUGGCCUGGCUAAGCCCUAAGGUGUUGGUGAGUGGUGCUGAAGAUGGGUCCCUGCAGGGCUGGGCACUCAAGGAAAGCUCCCUUCAGUCCCUCUGGCUCCUGUCCAGAUACCAGAAGCCUGUGCUGGGACUGGCUACCUCCCAGGAACUCUUGGCUUCUGCCUCAGAGGAUUUCACAGUACGGCUGUGGCCAAGGCAGUUGCUGACACUGCCACAAAAGGCAGAAGAUUUUCCCUGUGGCACUGAACUCCAGGGACAUACAGGCCCUGUAAACUGCUGUAGCUUCAGUACUGAUGGAGGCAGCCUGGCCACUGGGGGCAGGGAUCGGAGUCUCCUCUGCUGGGAUGUGAGGACACCCACAGCCCCUGUUCUGAUUUGCUCCUUCCCUGCCUGUCACCGUGACUGGGUCACGGGUUGUGCCUGGACCAAAGACAACCUACUGGUCUCCUGCUCCAGUGAUGGCUCUGUGGGGCUAUGGGACCCAGUGUUGGGACAGCAGCUUGGUCAGUUCCUGGGUCAUCAGAGUGCUGUGAGCGCCAUAGUGGCUGUGGAGGAACACGUGGUGUCUGUGGGCCGGGAUGGAACCUUGAAAGUGUGGGACCAUCAGGGUGUGGAGCUGACCAGCAUCCCUGCUCACUCAGGAGCCAUCAGCCACUGUGCAGCUGCCCUGGAGCCCCGUGCAGCGGGCCAGCCUGGGUCAGAGCUUCUGGUGCUGACUGUUGGACUGGAUGGGGCCACACGGUUGUGGCAUCCACUCUUGGUGUUUCAAACACAUACUCUCCUGGGACACAGUGGCCCAAUCAAUGCGGCUGCUGUUUCAGAGGCCUCAGGCCUCUUACUGACCAUCUCAGAGGAUGACUCCAUACGGCUCUGGCAGGUACCUAAGGAAGCAGAUGAGACAAAUACACCCAGGAGUCCUGCAGCCAUCACUGCUGUGGCCUGGGCUCCAGACGGUUCUGUGGCAGUGUCUGGAAAUCAAGCUGGGGAACUGACCUUAUGGCAGGAAGCUAAGGCAGUGGCCACAGUACAGGCUCCAGGCCGCAUCAGUGCUCUAAUCUGGUCCUCGGUGAACACCUUGGUUGUUGUCAGUGCUAAUGAAAAGGUCAGCGAGUGGCAAGUGGAACUGCAGAAGGGUUCAAUACCCAGAAAUUGCAGGUACAGUCUUCACCUGAACCGAAUUCUGCAGGAGGACUUGGGGUUCCUGACAGGUGUGGGCCGGGCCCCUGAUGGUCAUUCACUCAUCCUGGCCAAUGCGGAUUUGCAGUUACUGCAGUUGAAGCCAGGGGAUGGUCCCUCUGAAAUCUGGAAGACAUAUACAAACUCUCCUAUGAUGUUGUCGACCCAUCAGGACUAUGGUGUGUUUGCCCUGCAGCCAAUGGCCCCUGGAUGUCUUUCUGUCUUAAGGCAAAAGGAAUCUGGAGAGUUUGAAGAGCACCUAAACUUCGUUCUGAACUUAGAGAAUCCUAGUGGGACCUUAAUAUCAGUAACUCAGGCCAAACCUGAAUCUGAAUCCUCAUUUGUAUGUGCCAGCUCUGAUGGGAUGCUCUGGAACCUAGCCAAAUGUACCCUUGAAGGAGAAUGGACCACAGGUAACAUCUGGCAGGAAACAGUACAAAUGCCUGAAACCCAAACUUCAGAAGAAGACUCGUGUAUGCAUAGCUGGCCAAGAACCGCAGAGCUAAAGACACGGCAGUGUAGAAAGGUUCACUUGGGCUCUGUCACAGCCCUCCAUGUACUGCCGGAGUUGCUGGUGACAGCUUCAAAGGACAGAGAUGUGAAGCUGUGGGAGAGACCCAGUAUGCAACUGCUGGGCUUGUUCCGGUGUGAAGGGGCUGUGAGCUGCCUGGAACCUUUGUUGGGGCCCAACUCUACCCUGCAGCUUGCAGUGGGAGACACACUGGGCAAUGUGUACUUUCUGUCCUGGGAAUGAAGAUGCACACUCCUCAGGCCAAAGAUACUAUUUGUGCUAGAGGUGUAAGCCUAAAGAUAUCAAUGGCGACUUCUUGAUAAAAUUAUAACAAUAAAGUGUCAAGAAAUCUCA